ACGGGAGAGUGGAGGGGAUUUCAGAUUUUGAGUUUGUUCCUCAUGAUGUUUCCAUCCUGAGCUGUGAUGGUGGUGGUCGUUGCUCAUUUCUAGGGUCAUGUUUGUUUAUUUUGAUGAAAAAAAGCGGACUGAUUGUGUUUGAGGCAGCCGUGGAAGUAAACACUGGAUGAAGAUGAGUCAAGUGGAAGCAGAGGAGAGCAUCAUGUCUUACCUGUCACAGAGUGAGACUGACACCAGCCUCAAAGACUUGAAUGUAGUUGCCAUGCUCCAUAACUUCUGGGAGCAGAGGCAGACCGGUCAGUUGAACGGUUCCUCCAGUGAAUCAGAUGGCUCUGUUGGGGGAGCAGCCGUCCACACAGAGAGCUUGCUGCUGUAUGAGUCUGCACCGUCCCCUGGUCCUCCAUACAUCUGCUAUGUGACCCUGCCUGGAGGAAGCUGCUUCGGUAACUAUAAGAUGUGUGACACUCAAGCAGAGGCUCGGAGGGACGCAGCUCGCGUGGCUCUGAUGAACUCUCUUGUGAACGAGCUGCCGUGUCGACGCAUCAACCCUCAGUUCAUCACUCAGAGUUUGCAGCAGGCGGCCACAGACAGCGCUGUCACGAUAGAGGAUGCUUGUGAUUCAGGCACCAGUAUAGGAACCUACAGUGUGCUGCUCCACUCGUACAAAGGAAGGACAAUGCUGGAGUUUCAGGAGAUGAUGAUAAUGUUCCAGUUGUUGCAGUGGAACGGGACACUGAAGGCUCUGAGGCGAAAGCAGUGCUCUCGCCAGAGUGUGAUUUCUUAUUACUCUCAGCGAGGACUUGAUGAGUACAUGCGCAGCAGCAUGGCUCUGGAUUGGCUCGGACGGGAGCAGAGGUCACCGGGGCGACUCGGGGAGGAGCUGCAGGUGGCGCAGAGGGAGCUGGUAUUGGCCCGCCGUCGAGGCAUAGAGCUGCGAUUCUACAAGGAAAAGACAGAGAUACUUAGCUUGGCUCUGAGUCAAGCAUACAUUCACUACACACCUGAGACUUUCAGCGAGGCACCGAGUCAAACAUACAAGCAAGAACAACUUCCUUUACACACAUUGUACAGCCAGAACACAGACGUCCAGAUAACCCCACCCUCCAGUCCUUCACUAACCCUCCAUAAAAACACAAAGCAAACAGUCUGUCACAACUCUAGCAAACACAUGCACACCUAACAGUCCUUCACCGGGCUCACAGCAAACUGUGCCUUGACUUUGAAUAGACUGAAGCAGAAGGUAGAGGAUGGACUUUGUCUCUGUAGAUGAGCUCAAACUCUGCCACUGGAGAUGUGACAUCUGUGUAAACAUCAGAAUUAUGUUACAAAUUGUGUUAAAUUGUGUAGUAAACGUGUUAUAACACUCUUUUUUGACUCUAGAACAAAGACUUUAACAUAGAUAGUGAAUUUACAACUAUAACCAAUAGAAACACAGCAUUCAAAUUAUUUAAAUGUAUUAGCAGGAACUGUAGUUGAACUGUAGCAGUGACCAUCUCUCUAUUUUUGUACGAAGAGCACUCUACUUUCCUGUUUUAGCUUUUAUACUGUGUAUGUACAAUUAUGUUGUCUUUUUGCAAAUAAUAUUAUAAUACACUAACUUAAUAUACAGGAGUUUUAAAAUCAUAUAUUUAGCCUUUGAACUGCUUCAUCUACCUGCAACUCAGUACUGCCUCACUCUUCCUUUCUCCUUCUCUGUUUAGCAUGUCAUCUGGCGUGUCAAUUUGCUAAAAGGAAAUUACUUUCCAGGAUCAUUCAGGAUAGUGACUGGCUGUGUGACAUGUUACAUGAUUUGUUUGCCGGAUGCUCUGAGACAGAGAGUCUGUUAUGAUUGUCACACACAUUUAUCUGAUAAUGUCACAAAGAAACUGGAUGUAAAAUACAAUCUGGCUUGUAUGUAUCAAGGAGAUUAAAGGGUGGCUGGUCACGUCAAAUGUAGCUGUAAUUAUAAGAACUAGCCCAUACUAUGUUCCUCAUGAUAAAAAUGCAUACAGACUAAAAGCAUUUGAUUAUCUUUGGUUUGGUUGCGCUGUGGAAGUGAAUGCAUUUUAAAGGGAAAAUGUUUUGUUGUUUUAAUCAUUGUAAUAUACAUUUGUAAAUAAAUAUUUUUCUGUGUCUCAUGA